AAACUAUGUCAAAGUCAAGUCAAUGACCAGUGUUUUGUCAGUGUAGUGCGUUACGAAUUACGAUUGUCUAAUUCUAUCAGUUUAAUGAGUAUUUACUACAAGUAUUUGAUAAGACGUAAACAAUAAUUCAUCAUUUUAGACGUUCAAAGUAAAUCGUUAGACGUUCAAGUCUUUAACUUAUAAUUUUCAUACAUAAAAAUAUAAAAUUCGGUCAGAGAAAGUUGGCACGUAGCUAUUUGUUAAUUAAACAUGAAUAACAUAAAAUUCCUCCGACUUGUGAGUAAGUCACGAUUACUUUGUGGCAGUUAUGACAAAUAUCCGGGAUUAAAAAAGCUAGUCAAUAGGUCAUCAUCAACAAGUGUGUCUAUAUCUCAAAUUAUGAAGGAAAAGGAGAUAUUCCAUGAUGUGUUGCCUGGCAUCAUAGACAAUCUGCAGGCUAGCCGUAAGAUAUCACAACUACCCGAACUUGCUAGCUGGAUUAAAAAGGUUCUUGAAAGUAAUUUAAGUGGUGGCAAACAUUCGAGAGGAUUGAUGACUAUGUUUGCAUAUGAAAUGCUUGAAAAGCCAGAAAAUCUGACUGAUGAGAAGCUGAAACAAUCCAGAGUCCUAGGCUGGUGUGUAGAAAUGCUUCAAGCAUACUUCAUAGUGGUUGAUGACAUAAUGGAUGGUUCGACGACCCGUCGCGGCGUGCCCUGCUGGUACCGGAUGCCGAACGUCGGUCUGGGAGCAAUCAACGACUCUAUUCUCAUCCACUGCGCUGUUAUGGAAACAUUGGAGACGUACUUCGGCAAAACAAGGCACUUUGUUGAUGUUAUUCGGCUGUUCAAUGAGGCGCUCCUCUACACCUCAAUGGGCCAGCACUUAGACUACACAACAGCUCAACACACGAAGCAAGACUACAGUCUGUUCACGAUAGACCGGUACGAGUCCAUCGUCCAGUACAAGACGAGCUGCUACACCUUCCGCCUGCCCGUGUUGCUGGGGCUAGCCUUAGUACAAGACGUCGAUAAGCGAAUGUAUGCGGAUAUCGAUGAGAUAUGUUUCAAGUUAGGAAGGCUGUUCCAAAUUCAGGAUGACUACAUAGACUGUUACGGAGACGAAUCGGUAACAGGUAAAGCCGGUACUGACAUCCAGGAAGGCAAGUGUUCGUGGCUCGCAGUCACAGCUCUAGAACAUUCCAACGAGGCACAGAAACACCUCUUCGCAAAGUACUACGCAAGCAAAGAACCCGAGCAUGUAGCUUCUAUCAAGCAACUAUACGAGGAUCUAAAACUACCAGAGUUAUACAAAGAGAAGGAAACGGAAAUUUACGAAGAUAUUGUCCAAAGGGUAAGGGCGUUGCCUUCAGAAACCGCUCCCGGUUUCUUCUUUAAACUUCUAGAAACAAUCUAUAAAAGGAAACAUUAGUAGGAUACAGCUAUUGUUGGCAUCUAAGUAGGUGUGAACUUAGGACUUUCAGAAUAAAUUUUGGUUAAAAAUUUCAGUUUACUCUAGCUAGGCAGCUAUUUUAAAGUUCUUGAUGUAAAACAAGAACGUUAUUUUCUGCCGGUCAGAAUUAAUUUCAACGGGAGCAAAAAGUUUUGGUAAUUAUUUGAAAAAUAAGUUCACAUUCGCUUUAUUAAAACUAUUGUAUCUUGUAUAAAUAGCAAUAAAGUAACGUUCAUAAUAUUACGUAUGUCAUCAUCACCAUCAUUCGAAAGCCAUAGGCACAUAUAGACCGAGUCCCGAGCUGCCGAGUUUUGGUAGCCGAACUCCUCCGGGGACCAACCACUCCACCGUUGCCAGGACGAACUAAUGACCAUGUACCGUUCAUUUCAUGGGAUAUUUGUCAUAAUCGCCAAGCUUGGCAUGUGGGUGAACGAUCACACAAGGAUAAUACUCAGAAGGAUGAUGCACCCCAUUAUCUGGUUUGAGGUACCUUAUGCGCCUUUCAUGGCACCUGCAAGAGCCGAGUUGCCAUUCGCUGCCGAAGCCACACGGCAUAUAAUGGGCAUACAAUACCUGUUCGAAUAUUGUGGCUUAAAGUCAUGACAAUACAAUUAAUAUUUUAUUUUAUCGUGUGCUACCUCGAUUAUAAUAACCUAAUAAUUAUACACUAAGGUAUAUUUAGUUCUAUAGCAACUUGAAAUAACACCGUUAUUGUUACUCAUAAAACAAUAUAGAAUAGAUAUUUAAUACUCUUCAAUAAAACCGUGUGAACUCAAUUUAUUGUUUAUUUUCUUUAAUAAUACUGAUAAGUAUUCCUAUUGUUAUGGUUUAAAUAUUAUUAGGAACUAUCUUUAUAUCUCCGUCUCUCUCUGUUGUGAAAGAAAAGAUUGAUUUACGUUGAGUAAGGAUAAUCUUAUGACAAGACAAUAUUGUUACUGAAUAAAUUAUUUGGGCUAGUGCUUAAUUAAAAUUUCACAUAUUGUGUAGUCAGUUGUAAUCUCCGCAAAUUGCUAAAAUACAUGACUACUAUUUUGAUGACGUAAAUUGAUAAUAAUAUUAAAAGCUGCUUUUUAAGGCUGGAUGACGUUAUUUAUCCUUAAGGUGACAAGAUUCAUGUCCUUUACCAAUUUGCGAGGAUUAUAGGUGACCCCAUCAUUCCUUCCAUUGUACGACUGCCCAACAGGAGUAUUAUGUCUUUAUAGCUAAAGUACCUAUAUAUUGAUAGGAGUUUAUUUACUCGGUAAAUCAGUCUUUUCUGUUAAUACGGAGUUAUCAUUCUUAUAACAUUGACUGAAAUAACAACUGCACUAAAUGUGUUUAGAUGCCUAAAAAAACUCACAAUGUUGGUAUGUCUAAACAUCCAGUUUCAAAAUAUAAACGUGAGUACGAAACAGUGUGAAACAACAAUGAAGAUUAAAAAUACCAAAUAUCGUUUAUUCAUUAAAUGUGUGUUUGAGUAAAAAGAUACACCAAUAUUGUUAACCUUUGUAUAAGUAUCUAAAAUUGAGUGUAAGUAAUUUUUGUUUAUAGUGAGAUAGACUCAGGAUUGUGUCAAAAUCGAAGCUUUUUUCUAAUAGUAUAAAAAAUUUUGUUCUUGUAAUUCAUACUUUUUAAACUUAGUUUUCAUUCUACCAUUAUUUCACUUAAGCAAGACUGUAGUGUAGUACGCCACAUAUGUCACAAACAAAUUAGAAAAUAAACCUUAAGGCCAUAGCUUAAGGUUUAUUUUUAUAAAUAAGAUUUAUGAGAACAUUCGCAAAAAUGUGCCAAUAUUAUCAAAAUGCUACUAAAUGGAAACUUUUUUUAUAAAUUUACACUACAUAAAAGUGUCUUCAAUGAUGUAGACUUUAUCUCUAGUGCAGUAAGCUACAUAAAAUUAGCUCUCAGUUUCUGAAAAUCUUCUAGCCCACAACCUUAACCCUUAUUAAUGACCAGUGUUAAAGUUGUGUUGGUGAUUGGAUACAUACAGGAUGGAUAUUGAUUACAUCAGGAUCGCCCGACUAGUUUCGGAUGUAUUCUCAUAAUUAUUAAUCUUCAGAAACAGAGGUAUCUAAUUUUGUAACUGGAUUUGUAUAAAUUUAUAUGUAACCAACAUGUAAUGGGAAUAUGUAACCUAUGGUGCUUUAGUCGUAAAUAAUAAAAUUACGUCAUACUUGAAUAGCCAAAAACCUUGGCUCUAAUUACCAAUUAUUAAUAAUCUGUAAUGAAAAAAAUAAUAUAGAGUUUGUUCUCUAUCAAAAUGUUUAUCAUACAUUUAAGUAAAGAGUUAGUUUGGCAUCACGGAAAGAAUGUUUAUUAUUUGCUCAUGAAAAUUGAUAUGGGCUAUGUUAUUGGAAUUAUAAUUUAUUGUAUAUUUAUUUGUCAUGGUGAUAUGACUUCAUAGCUUAUGAUUAUAUAGCAUUGACAUUUUUAAGACCGCUUUAGGAACGCCUUGUAUAAGAGAAUUACUUUUUUGUAUUCAUAUCUUUAAUUAAGUUCCAUUAAAUCCAAUUCUACACAUGGCGUAUUAUUAAAGAAUUGGCAACAGCUUUCUUAGAAUUAGUAAUUGUAACGAGAGGUGCAAUUUUUAAAAAUAUGAGCACGCAAACCCUGUUCAUCCUAUAUAAUGUCAAUUUCGAACCAUUAUUGUUUCAUACCAACGCCAAAUGACACUGCCUAAGUAAAUAAUAAUGAGCUAUGAAGCGUUUCCCCACAGAAAAAGUACAUUUCAUGUUUAGUUUAUCAUAUGAUAAAAGUACAUAGAUAUUGUAAAUAAAUAAAUGGUUUUAUUACAUAA